UUUGAACUUGAUUCAGAAAUUCUUAAAUUGAAGCAUAUUAGAAUAAUUUCAAGUUGGAUCGACAAGAAAGAUCAAUAUUUUUAUAACAACACCAAGAAUUUACCAUUCACUUUUAAAUUGUUAUUUAGUACAACUAGAGACGGUUUUAGUAUUAGGAAAUUUCAUCGUUUAUGUGAUGAUAAAGGUUCAACAUUAACAAUCACAAGAUUGAAUAAUGAUCAUCAAAUAAUUGGAGGAUAUAAUCCUGUUAAUUGGAAACCAUUUGACAAGUUAAAAACAUUUGAUAAGAAAGAUAUUAUAAUUGCAAGGGUUCAUGAUUCAAAUAACGCAAUAUUUUAUAAUAGUCAAACAGGGCCUGGAUUUGGUAGUGGGCCUGAUUUAUAUAUAAAAAACAAUUUAUUAAUUAGUUUUCAUUCAUCAACCUAUCCAGACAUUGAAAAAAUCACUAAUUCAUCACAAGCCUAUGAAAUCGAAAAAUAUGAAGUAUUUCAAGUCAUACGAAAAUUUUGA